AAUGGCAACUCUGCACAGUCUGAAGCAGAAUUAUCUUGAGAUGUGUAAAGAUGUGACCCAGCUGCCAAACCCUUAUAUUGUACAUGUACUCCAGGAGGUGUACCAACAGCCUGUCGAGAAUCAUUCAGAUGGUAUCAUGCUAAAAUUGGCUGGAAAUAACCAUUUAACACCAGUGCAGAAGAUUACAGAUGAUGAUGUCAUGGUACUUGCUAAAAUUCUCUACAAUAACACAUUUGUGACAGGCUUAGACCUCAGAUACAACAGCUUGACUGAUACUGGAGCUGAGCAUAUUGGAAUUCUGUUGCGGGAGACUCCAAGUCUUCGUCAUCUAAACCUAAUGUGCAAUGAUAUUGCUACCAAAGGAGCAGAGUUUCUAACUAAAGCACUUCUAGAUAACGAAACCUUAAAACAGCUGAGAAUAAAUGGAAAUAAGAUCGGAAAUAAAGGUGGAAUGCACUUUGCUUCUAUGUUACAGAUAAAUGCUACUUUGGAGGAACUGGACCUUGGAGACACAGAUCUGGGUACUCAAAGUCUGAUUGCAUUGGCUACUGUUCUCACUCAUAACAGUACUAUCAAAUCCAUCAAUCUGAGUCGCCCUUUGCUGUAUGACCUACAGGAGGAGACUACAGUGCACAUGACUAAGAUGCUGAAAGUAAACCCCUCUCUCAAAGAAUUGCAUUUGGGAAAACAUGAAAUGACAGAUUUUGGAGUUGAACGGUUAUGUGAAACUUUGUUAGUGAAUUCUUCUCUGCGAUAUCUUGAUCUCCAGUGUAACAAAAUAACUCGUGAUGGUGCAAAACAUCUUGCAGAACUGCUAAAGAAGAAUACAGCGAUAGAAAUUCUUGAUCUGGCAUCCAACAGAAUUGAGGAUGAUGGAGCAGUUUAUCUCAGUGAAGCAAUUGCCCUACAUAACAACAGACUUAAAGGAUUGGCAGUAGUCAGCAAUAACAUUGGUGCUAAAGGUCUUGUAGCUCUUGCAGAAGCAAUGAAAACAAACACAACACUGUCAUACAUUUACAUAUGGGGAAACAAACUGACAGAUGCACCUUGUAAGGCUUUUGCUGAUUUACUUGCAAGUGGACGCUUGGAAGAGAAUCACACAGAUGUUCGGCCCUAUGUGGUAGAUGACCAUUUUUAUGUUGCAGAGUUAUUUCAUGGACUAAGAAGGAACUACUAUUGGACACCAUCUUUUGGAAAGGAUGGUGAUUUUAUUUGUAACUCUAGCCUAGCUGUAAUGGGAACCUCUUAAAAGCUGUCCAUGUACCGUUUUAAAAGUAGGCAUUCCAUUUUGUAUUUCUUCAUGGAAUUCCCAGUUCCUUACAGAAUCCUGUAGUCAAACGCUUCCUGUUAGAAGUGUAUACACUCAGAAGUUACUGUAAUAGUUUACAACCUAAUUUUCUUUUAUAAUUGCUGUUGAUUAUUCACACCAGAAUAAAUAAGUUUGCUCAGUG